AUGAGCCGCUGGAGGGAGCUCCUCUGGCCGGACGACGCCUGCGUCGAGAUCAGCCUCGACGACGCCAGCGACGCCGCGGAGGUGCGCGAACGCAUCGUCUGCCGGACCUGCCGGCGCGAGGUGGAGCCCCGGACCAUCGCGGGCGUCGAGGCCCACAACGAGCUGGCCUGCCCGGGGCGCGACGAGAUCUUCGCGGAGCACAUGCUGCGGGUCGCGGAGGAGGCGCGGCCCGAGGACGCGCUCGCCGGAGAACGGCUGCAGAUCGGCAAGCAACCCUCGACGCUCGUCACGACCGCCCGCGCCGUCGACCGCGCCCUCGAGAAUGCGGCGGAGCGCCUCUUCUCGCCGACGGAAUCGUUCCGCGGCAAGCGCGCGCGGAGCGCGCGCGCGACGGUGCGCCUCGAGAGCGGCCGUUCGGAGACGCUCCUGCUCGCGCUCUGGCCGGGGGGCGAGGGCGCGCCCUUCCGCUUCCUGGAAAAGGACGAGGCCGCGGCCCUCGACGCCGCGUUGCUCAAACACGACGAGACGGACGCCGAGCGCUUGCGACAGAAGGCGGAGGCGGAGCGCGAGCGCGCGGCGUCGGCGGACGCGCGCGCCGCGGCCGAAGCGUCGAAGAGCUCGGCGGCCGAGAGCCGCGCGCGGUCGUUGACCUCGGAACUCGAGGCCAUCCGCCUCUGCGACAUGGACGACAGCGGCACGACCGCGAGCUUCGCGGAAGAGGACGAGCUCUACCGCCUCGCGGAGCAGCGCGGCCUCGAGACGCUGAGCGCCGCGCGCGCCGAGGCCUGGCAGGCCAAGGCCGAGGCCUGCCGGUGCCGCCUCUGCGGCGGCGCGGCGCCGGCGAAGCUGCCGCCGCGGCCGCGCUGCCUCGCCGUCGACGCGCCGGCGGCGCCGACGGCGCCGUCGACGCAGGAGGAGCGCGAGCCGUCGGACAGCGAGAGCGCGUCGGACGCGUCCGACGGCGGCGGCGACGCGUCCGACGGCGACGACGACGCGGCCUGGGCGCGGAAGACGACGCUCGUCGCGGAGCACCAGGAGCUCUGCGCCGAGGCCCUCGUCUGGCGCGGCGUGCCGCGACGACGCCGGCGGCGCGAGUGGGCGGCGCUCAGCGGCGCGGCCGCGCGCGCGGCGCGCGCCGGCUGCGCGCGGCGCGACGGGUCGCUCGCGCCGCCCGCGCGGCUCCUGGCGCCCCUGGGCGACCUGGAGGCCGCCGUGCCGGCGAGCGUCGCCGCGGACGUCGCCCUCGACUGCGGCCGCGGCGGCGCGCGGUCCGGGCGCGCGCGGCGCGUCGUCCGGCGCGUGCUGCUCGCGGUCGCGGCGGCCGCGCCGGCGACGGGCUACUGCCAGGGCCUCAACGUCGUCUGCGCGACGCUCCUCGACGGCGUCGGCGCCGGCGCGGCGCCGUCGGCCGACGACGAGGCGCUGGCCUACUGGCUGCUGCUCGCGCUCGUCGAGGACUGUGUCGAGGACCGGUGCGCCGGGUGGUGGGCCGGCGACCUGGGCCUCGUGUCGCGCGACGUCGCGGACGUCGCCGCGCGCUGCGGCGGCUGGGCGACGAACGACGCGGCGCGCCGGCCCUUCAGGGCCGCCGCGGACCUCGCCGCGGCGCUCGACGGCACGCUCGACCUGCUGCUGUCGCAGUGGGCUUUGACGCUCUUCGGCCACAACGGCCACAAGAGCUCGCCGCGCGGCGCCAAGCUGCUGGCGUUGGACCUGGCGCUCUGCGCGCCGGGCAACGGGAAGGCCGCCGUCCUGUCGCUGGCGCUCGCCGCGCUCGGCGAGGCGGCGCGGCGGCGCCCGGAGGACGUCGUCGCCGUCACGGCGGGCGCCGCGGCCGCGUUCGCCGGCCUCGCCGCGGGCGGCGACGCGCGAAGGACCCUCCUCGAGGCGGCCCACGGCGUCGCGGCGACGUCCUUCUUCGAGGGCCGCUGCGGCGUCGCGGACGCGCCGCUGCCGCCGGGCGCGGCGUUCGCGUCGAACGCGGCGCUCUGGCUCGAGGCGUCGCGGCGCGUGUCCGCGACGUCCAUCGAGGCGCUGGAGCGCCACGUGCGCGCCCACGCGCCGGCGCUCUGCGCGGACUCGGAGCGGAGGCGCGACGCGGCGCAGCGCGCCGUGCGGUCCGCGCAGCUGUCGCCGCUCGCGGUGUUCUGCGGCCGCGCGGCGCCGCGGCUCGCGGCGCGCGUCCUCGGCCCGCCGGCGGACGCCGCCGUCGACGGCGACGUCGUCUACGAGUGGGGCGAGGGCGACGGUUUUGAUCAAACCACGCGCGCGCGCCGGUCCUGCCGCGCGCCGCUCCGGCGGCUCCGGCUCGGCGUGACGUCCGACGCGUCCGGGCUCCUCGCGGAGCGCGCGGACGCGGCCUUCGUCGUCGUGGAUCUGGCGGACGCGGGCGCGCCGCCGGCGACGCAGCGGCCCGUCGUGUUCAUCGCCGGCGGCGUCGCGGCGGCGGCGGGGUGGCGCGGCGUCAUGCGGGCCGCGGGCGUCUUCCUCCGCCGCGCGGCGGGGAGCUGGGCGUCGCGGCCGGACUUUUACGUCGUCGGGCCCCUGGAGGACGCCGUCGUCGACGCGCUGCGCGCGCGCGACGACGGCGCGGCGAUGCUGCGGGAUCUCCGGCGCGACGAGCGGCGGCUCCUCCGCGCGCUCGCGGGCCUGCCGUCCGCGCGCGCGCUCCGGGCCGUCGAGGCGCUCGUCGCCCGGGCCACGGCGGCGCGGGCGAGCGCCGUGGCGUUGGAGGCCCUCGCGGCGGCGCCCCACUGGACGCGGAGCUGGUGGUCCCGCGCGCUCCCGAGGCCGACGGAAACGGCCGUCGAGGCCGACGUCCGUUCGGCGCUCGAGGCCGCCGCGCGGGACGCGGCCCUCGGCGCGGGCGACCUGCCGCCGCUCGGCGACUGCUGCCGCGCCUUCCUCGACCUCGACGGCGCGGCCUACGCGCGCGCGACGCGCGGCGGCGAGGCCGCGGGCCUCCGGGGCAGGCUCGAGCGCGCGGGCGGCGCGUCCUGCGAGCUGCUCGGCGCGUCGGGCAAGGACCCGCUGAAGCGCUGGAAGGCCAAGGCGAGCGGCGGCGUGAAGCGGCUCUACGACAGCGGCACGCGGGGCUACGUCUACAGCAUCGACGGCGGCGCGGCGACGCGCCUGGCCCUCGGCGACGGCGCGCCGCGGUCGUCCCGCGGCGCCCACUCGUUGGGCCUGCUCCACCGCUACCUCGUGCUCCAGCUCGAGCUGCCGCCGAGCGACGCGCGGCCCUUCGCCGUCGAGCUCGUCGUCAGCGACGAGAAGCGGAACCGGCGCCGCGUGCUGCUCUCGUCGGCCUUCGCCGCGGCGAGCCGCACGCCGCUCCACGCCCAGCUGCCCCUCGGCGGCGCCUUCGAGGGCAAGCGGGGCAAGUGGCUCCACUGGCGCGUCGACGUCGCGGGGCUCGCGAAAGUCGCGUUCGGCGAAGCCGUCGCGCUACACGCGCUCGACGGCGUCGCCGUGGGCCCGUCCUGCCGCCUGCGGGCCGUCUUCACGCUGCGGGACGCCGAGUCGCCCGUACCAACGAGCCUCGCCCUCCCCGCGGCCGUGGGGUACGAAGAAGCGGUCUUCCCGCCGGACGAGGCGCCCGGCGCGCCGCCGGAGCCCCCGAGCCCGCUCGGCGUCUUCGGCACCGCGAUCCCCCGGUCCGAGAAGGCGCCGCCGCGGAACCCGACGGUGAACAUCGCCUUCGGCCACCGCUGCGCGAAGCUGGCCGCGCCCGCGUCGCGCACGCCCGACAAGCGCGGCGUCACCGUGGCCGCGAACGUCCCGCGCGUCGCGUCCCUCAAGCCGCGCGACGACGACGACGCGGACGCGCGGCCGCCGACGCGCAAGACGCCGCGCGCGCCGACGCCCGCGCCGCCCGCGCAAGAGGAGGACGAGGCGGCGUUUGAAGAGGACGACGCCUUCGACGACGCGCCGGAAGACGAGGACGACGAGGCCUUCGACGACGCGCCGGAAGACGACGAGGCCUUCGACGACGCGCCGCUCGGCGAGGACGAGGACGACGGAGCCCCCCUGUCGCCGCUGCGCGUGUCCACGGUCGGCGGCGCCGACGACGACGAGCCGCGCCACGCGGACUACGCGGCGGGCGACUACGGCGACGAGGAGGCGCCCCCGGCCUACGACGGCGACGUCGACCUCACCGUCGCGUCGCCGCACGACGGCGGCGCGCCGCCGGCCUACUGCUCCUUCGCGGACCAGUCCGCGAGCGUCCUCUUGGCGUCCGUCGCGGCGUCGCGGCCGUCGGCGAAGGCGCCCGCGACGGACGCGUCCUACUUCUUCGACGGCCUUCCGUCGGCGCCGACGGGCGCGUCGCUCGCCGCGUCGCUGGCCGCGCCGACGCCGCCGGCGCCGCCGGACGCGUCCGUGGACCUCGUCGAGGCCAUGGCGGCGACGCCCAGGGUGCGGCCGCCGACGUCGACGCUCACGCCCGCCGCCGCGGCGCCGCGCGGCGCGACGGCGUCGCGGUCCGUGCGCUUCUCCCGAAACCCCGUCGACGUCUCGGCGGGCGUUUCCGUCUCGCGCCAGAGCGUCCCGGGCAUAUCCAUGCAGUCCGCGGAGUGGGUCGAGCGCACGCGCGGCGGCGCGGACGUCAUGGUCCGCGCGUCGGCGGCGUCCGUCGAGUCGCUCGCGCUCCGCGCGAGCCACGACGAAUUCGACCCCUCGGAUUUCGCCAUGCCGCCGUCGCCGGCGCCGCCGUCGACGGCGCACCCGGAUUUCGACCCAUCGGACUUCGCGAUGCCGCCGUCGCCCGCGCCGCCGUCGGAGCGCCACCCGGACUUUGAUCCCGCGGACUUCGCCAUGCCGCUCGACGAGCCCGCCGACGUGCUGCUCGACGAGCCCGCCGACGCGCUGCUCGACGAGCCCGCGCCGCCGACGCCCGCGCCGCCGCCGUCGCGGUCGCGCCCCGCCUCGGCCGCGACGCCCGAGGCCGCCGAGCCGGCCCGCCUCGACUCCGCGCCGGCGGCCGCGUCGGCGCCGAUCGUGACGCCGCCGCCGCCGCCGCUCUCGGCGCGGCCCGCGGGCGUGACCAUGCUCUUCUGCGACGCGCCGUCGACGCGGGGCUCCGCGCGCGUCACGCCGCCCCGGGAGGAGUCGCCCGCGUCCGACGUCGUCGCGCCGCUCCCCGACGCGGAGGACGACCUCCUCCAGCUCAAGCUCGCCAAGCUCGCGGCGAUGGAGGCGUCCUACGCCGGCGAGUACGGCACCCUCGCGAGCCUCCAGUCCAUGCGCCUCUCCCGCGCGAGCGGUCUAUGA